AUGGAACACAAAGUAAAAGAGCUUGUGAAUCGAAUCAUCGUGGAUCAUCAUCUGAAAGAACACGUUUUAAAUAACGUAAAUUCAACAUCAACUCACAAUAGAUUUAUGAUUGCAGUAUUUGGAACUCCAGGUUCUUCUAAAACCACAACCAGCGAAAUUAUGAAAAAUUGUUUUAUCAAUAAUCAUUCUAUUCCAACUCAAAUCGUUCCGAUGGAUGGAUUCCAUUACUAUAGAAAAGAAUUGGAUGCCAUGGAAAAUCCACAAUAUGCCCACAGUAGACGAGGAGCACCAUUUACUUUCAAUGAUAAAGCCUUUGAAGAGUUAUUGAAAAAAGUGAAAUAUCAUUCGACAGAAAUUGUUAAAGCUCCAUCUUUUGAUCAUCAUGUUGGAGAUCCAAUUGAAGAUGACAUUGUCGUAGAUGUAUCUCAUCGUGUCAUUAUUGUGGAAGGCAAUUAUUUGGCAACAUGGAAUAAUAUUAGGCCUCUGUUCGAUGUGUUCAUUUAUAUCUACACGGCAAGUAAGGAAGAAGCGAUGGAACGAGUAGUGAGACGACACAUGUCAACAGGAAAUACAGAAGAAUUAGCAAGACAGAGAGUGGAAUUCAACGAUGGACCAAAUGCAGAUCAAAUUAUUAGUGAUUUCAACAAAAUUCAGUACGAUCAUGAGCUCAAUCACACUUCCAUAACUUGUCCUCCCAAACUCUAUACACUACUUUCUGAACACGAAGAUCAAUUUGCAAUCAAAUGA